AGACCUGCGAUCGCCGUCGCCGUGCAGCAAGUGCCCCUGAACAACCACCCAUGGCUGCUGCUGCUGCUGCUGCUGCUGCUCGGCCCUUGGGCCUGCGGCUAUCCCCGCGGAUCGUCACCGGCUUGCCAGCGGCACACACAGGGAGCCAUGGCCAGAUUGGUGUAUCCCACGGUAUCUGUGCUGGCUGUGCUCGCUGCAUGUUCCUCACCCCCAUGAUUCCAUCAUGUCUUCUCGUUUGCUAUUCCGUCUCCAACCGGUCGGCUCAAUGGGGGGGGGCGAUCUUCGUCUCGACCACCGAUCGCUCGACUCUGCCAAAUUUCUUUCAAUGCGACGGCACAUUCUUCGUCAACAUCACUCUCCACCUGUCGAUCUGUCGCAUCUGUUGGAUUCAUGGCGCGAUGCUGUGGUUUGACGUCAACCACUGGCGUCCCGUUUCCGUCCAAUCGAUCCAAUACGGCCGACUCGACGCUUCCGACACAUGUCUCUUCCUGGAACCCAUGAAUUGCAACCCAUGAAUUGCAACCCAUGAAUCGUACCCAUGAAAUGCGACGCGGCUGAUGUGCUUUUGAUCCGAUGCGGCUGCUCAUCGGACUGUCCUUGACUGGGCAUAUCCAGAUUUGCGCACACCCCCUCGCGCACGAUUGCCGCUGUCGUCCGUCCUCGCCAGUUUGCCUUCGCUGGCCCGGCGACGUUCACAUUUCAACAACACCGGACGUUUUUCGGAUUCGGCUCCAGCCCCGCGCCAGCCAAGGCCGCUGCACCGGUAGAUGUCGA